AUGCCAUGGCUCAAAAGAGGUGCUUGUGUUGGUGAUGUGGCCAAUCGUUAUUGGCUAGAGAGUGUUCGUCCAAGUCGCUUGUGCUCCUCACGUGAGUUUACUUUGGAUUCCAUUGUGCCUCCAAAGAAGAAAAAGUACUACUUGGUCUCCAACGUAAAGUACUUUGCCUCCAAAGAGUAUGUCAGAUGUUUACCUGCUUCCCAACUCACUUUCUGUGCCUCGGACAGAAAGUUGAAGGUUCAAGUUCAAUUGUCAGAGUGCUUCAUCAAGACAGAAACUAACACCCCUUGUAAAUACUCCCAAAACUUGUUCACAAAUCCAGCUGAUGUAGCGGAAAUCGCCUUGACCAUUUUUUGUAGUGAAGUGAGAAAUGCUGUGCGAGGAAGGAAAUUAGAUUGCGGGCAAUGGAUUGAAAGUCCACGAGAAGGAGAAAAAGAAUCAACUUUCCAGAUUGAGGAAAAUCACAAGGAAAUACUAAAGGGAGGAGAAAAAGAUUUAGCUUUUCAGCUAUUGCCUUCUCAACAUGAAUUGUUAUGCAUCUGAAUCAUAUAUGAAGCUGAGAGGUUCAGUUUGAAGUACUCUUGAGGUGGAUAUCUUUUCUCAUAAUUGUUAUGCAUUAUACUCGUGUUCUAUUAUUUGCCAUGCUGAAUUUAUCAAUCAUUCUAAUAUAGUCUUUGAUAGCCAUAUAUUGAGGGUUU